UUUCAACUAAAAUGUGGAGAUUUGGGUUGAAAAAAGUGUUAAAGAAUGCUUUCUGCCUAAAAUGAUGUUAUAUUCCUCUUCGAUCCUUUUUGUGAAUUUAUUUUAUGUUGGAAAUACGUUUAAAACUGUUAUAUGCCAUACGAAGAGUGAAACAAGUGGUUUGCAGCGGGGUCACGUACACUUGAAUAUCUGUGCAUCCAGACGAGGAAGACUAGAGUGUUGUUCCCACGAAAGUGUCUCACAACUAGAGGACGAUAAUAUAUCUAGAGACGAAACGUUUGUUAUUCCACACGAGGCAUUCACUUUUGAAGGGGAUCUAGGUGAGUGGACGCGCGCUUGGGAAGACCACAACUUUCAACCAAAUAAUGAUGGACCUUUGCCUCACAGUCUGAAAGGUCCUUCGGAUAAUUACUCCCAUGCUGUUAGUAUGGAAGAAUUUUUAGCUAAUCUUUCAACGUUGGAGCCUUGUGAAGAAGAAUUUGUCAGUUAUGGAGAUAUUUUUGAACCGCUGGAUCCAGAAGCAAUACGGAGAUACCAAAACUUAGCACAAGAGAAUGGAGCCUAUGUUGUUGAAAAUAUGUCAAACUUGUUGUCACCUUUUCGUCUUGUAGCGGACAAUAAUGAGACAACAAAGGAGGCACCUGACGUUAUAGAAUGGACAGAUUAUCACAAGCUGUUGGAUAUCUUUAGUCUUCGCAAGUUUUAUGGUUGGAAAUAUAUUUAUAAUGCACAAGGCAUCUUAUUGCACAAAUUUGCAUGCUCAUUUGAUAUACAUUCUGGUGACAACAUGAAAUAUGCGUUUGAUAUUCAUUGCUCAACCUCAGAGCAGAGAGGCUACUGUCAAGUAACUGAGAGAGUUUUUUUGCAAUCUCUUGUUAUAUCUCCAAAUUUGGAUGCCUUUUCUUGGAUAGACUCUAAACAGGAUGAAACCUUGUGUUUAUUUUUUGGAUUUGUUCAUGAGUCACUGACAAUAAUAGAGUUGGAAUAUGAAAAGCAUGAUACUUUGCGCAAUAUUUGUAUAUGGUUUGGCAACGAUGAAAGAAAUGGAUUGCAUUCGUUGGAUUCUCUAGAAAUGGAAGCAUUGUUGGGAGUUUGGAAAGGAAGAGGAGUUACAAUCCAGUCUUCCAGUUUCCCUUGUUAUUCUGUUACAUGUGAAAGUGAGUGGAAAUCGGAGCCAUCUAAUAUCAAUAACCUUACUGUACGAAGGAAUUUGCCACUAAAAAAUGCCCAGUCUGUAGAUCCUUGUGCCAAACUGAAUAUUCAAAAAGGACUGAAAGGGGAAAGAAGGGCAGUUCAUAUCACGGAUAGGCAGUCAUUAUGAUUCAACAGUAGGAAGAAAGUUUUACUUGAAUGAUCAUUCACAGAAUAAUCUUUUGUUUGGAAAUGAUGUAUAUGAAUUUCCAGCACUUGGCAAAUACGAGAAGGACAGAUAUUUAUUUCUAUUGCCUUGUGAUAUAUUUGUAUUUGUUCCAAAGUCACUUCCAAUCGGAAUUACAUUUGAGAUA